CGCAGCACGCAGACAUACCGGUAAAUAUUUUAGUUAGUGUCGUCCGAACAAUCGCAGAGAGAGAAUCAAUACUGUAAGGGUAUAGAAUUAUAUCGACUUUUGUUGAAACGACCCAAUUUCACGCGUGCUAUUUCCAACUUUACACUGCAAGUAAGCCUUCUCGACAGCAAAGGCAAAAGCAUUUCUCGACAGUAACAUAGAUAUACCUUUGGCAGUGCUAUCAGGCUGUUAUGAAAUGCACAGGUCUUCAAAUUACAACAAGUUUUUCAGUCCGCACGUUUGUCAUGUUUGUAAGCAGAAUCAAUUUGAAGUUAAUAUUAAAUCUCAAAUGCCAUUAAAGCUGACGUCAUGUACCAAAUGCUGCAUGAUAGCUUACUGCAGCGAACAGCACAUGCAGCUGCAUUUCGAUGAUCACGAUCCGAUUUGCAGAGCUAUAGUGAAAGUAGGUACGGAAAGAAACAUAUGGAACACUAACGUUAUGGUCCCGGACGAAUGGUUCGCCUUUAGGAAGAAGAAUAUUGAGUACGUUGAGAAGGAACUACAGCGGAAAUUAGAGCCGUACGAAGAGCAGAUGUUUUGGUUCGUGAAAUCGUGCUUUAUCUGCCAUCGACAACUUUCGUUGCCGACAACUUGCUAUCAUUGCUUUUCCGUUGACAGUUGUCACGAACAUAAAAUGCGUUAUUUCGCGCAUGACUGCUUGUAUCUGGCACUAGCUUUUCAGCAAAACAUUCACGACAUCAAGGGAAAUUACCAAGAUGAAAGAAUGAGUAACGUGUAUUUACGAAAGAUCAAAGUUGGUAUCUCUAACUUAGAAUCGUACAUCGAAGAAUCUGUAGUUGCUCAAAGAAGCAUCGAGGAAUGGCGUCCUAAGGAUUACGCCUAUUCUGAUUACUUAUCGGCGCCGUUGACACUUUAUUUUGCGAUUGAAUGCGCUCCAUUUCUUCAGGUUAUAUUGAGAAGAAAUAGCUUAAUUGUUCACAUUUUAGCCGAAGUCCCCGUGAAUGUGUGCGCUUUGUCAGCUUGGGAGAUAUUGUCACAUUUAUUAGAUAAAAACAGCUUGAUUAUAAUUAUACUUAUAGGAGAGAAAUUACAAGAGAAAAUUAUCGAAUGGGAGAACUGUAAGGUUUGCCGUUUUAAGCAAAAGAGGGUCCGUUUCAAAUGUUACAGUGAGUCAUACCACAAUUAUUUGAAAUACAAGGAUAACGUUAAACCAGACAUAAUCAUAGGAUAUCACUUGGAACUUGAGGAGUUUAUCGUAGAAACUAUAAGAGCAAUAAAGCAUCAACAGUGUCCGUUGCUCAUAACGACUAAGUCGGAAAAGAAGGCGCAAAAUAAUAUAGCGGAGAUACAGAAAAAACUAAACGAAGAUAUAAAACCUUUUCUAACGAUAAAAAAUAAUUACAGAAGUAAUAGACCAUAUAGAGAUCACGAGAAUGACGAUGUGUUCUUUCGUAAUAAUUAUUUAAUUAUAUACGAGAAUUUGAAUUGUCCGGACAUUCCACCUCAGAAACGUUUCCGAUCAUCAUUAGCGUCAUUAAGUUUGUAAAAUAACUCCUUUUUACAUAUAAUGUGAAAUUUGUUAUAUUUGUCAAAAUAUAUUUUUUCACACUUGAAUAUUUAUAACAAAACACAUGUUACGAAUAAAUUUUACAUAUUUUAACGAUAUUUUCAAUAAUAGUUAUAAAUGUUGAAAAUUUUAUAUCAGCAAUGACAACUAGAUGUAUGUACAGAUAUAUAUGUGCGUGGAUGUGUAUGCGCGUGCAUAUUUGUGUAUACAUAAUGUGUACAUCUUCCAUAAUUUAAAUUCGAAAGGAUUUGAGCUUUCUAAACACAAUUAACUAAGCUUUAAAUGGAUUUAGUUCCUAAGCCAGUAGCAAUAUUCAUCUAUGAUUAUAUUAUUAUUUCAGUAGCAUUAUCUUAAACAACGUGUAAGAGAGAUUUUAUUAGUAAUUGAGUUAAAUAUGUUAAUAAUAAGCAUAUUUUAUAAACAUACUUUUUAAACAUACAUAAUCAUAAUAAACAUACUUUAAAAAAAUAUUAAUGUAGUGGUUAUUUUUCAUUUAAAGAGAAUUACCGUUGUAUUCAUGUGUGUGUCUUUCCUUGUGUAAAUACGUGUAUUUUACAUACUUUACAUUAACCUUUUAAGACACAUAAUUCAUGGAACAUUCUAGUAACUUUUUUUUAUAAAAUAUUAUCAAAAACACUCCAAAUAGCACAUUUAUAAGGUUUCAACUGCCCGAUUCUAAGUGGUCUCUAUUGGUAUCAGUGAUAUUUAAAGGGUUAAGUAAUCAGGUAGCGUCACGACACCAUAAAAUGAAAUAAUAGAUCGAUGACAAGUCGAACGUGAUUACGAACGGCAGGGCGCAAGGGGAACGAGCCUAAGGCAAGGGGUUGGCCUAAGAAAUAGUUUGGUAAUAUAUUUUGUUUGUACGAAUUUAUAUUGUAACCCAGACGGCGCAAAUGUCCAAAAUUGAGUCAUAAAACGUCUUUAAGGCAACUUUAAGACAUCUUUAAGAUAAUACUUUAUAAACUUGUCUUAAAGACAACUUAAAGAUGUCUUAUGUCCCACUUUUAGACAUUGUGCUGUCUGGAACGAAACACACAUUGGAAAAUAAAUCGCAAAAUAUAAAUAUUAUAUUUAGAUACUAUGUGUAUGUACAAAUUAGUUACACUGAGAAAAAAUUUACUAAAUUUCAAAAAACGACUGUGAACAUAUUUGUUUAAAUUAAGCAAUUA